CACUAAGGGAAAAUGCAAUCCAGAACUAUAAUACCAAAUUCGAACGGCAGAACCAGAUUGGUACCAGUCGAGCAAGAUCACUGGGACUCUGGAGAGGUUCAAACUCGUUCCUCAUUCAAGAGACACGCUAAGGGAAAUGUGAGCAUCGUUGAGUGCGAUCCACAAGGAAAGUACAUCAUUCUUGAAAACACCAGUGGAUCAGUUGCCGAAGAUGUAAGCAACUUUGAAAUCCGUCGUGUUAUUGAUGGAGUUCAAGCCUUCGUUUUCCGUCUCCCAUCUCACUUAGUUAUUCAACAACACGGACAUCUUAAGAUUUACGGGCGCAAUGCAGGAGAAAUUAACCUAACACCAGACUCAAUUGUGAUGGAAUCUCACGCAUCAUGGGGACAAGGAAGACAAGCUGAAACAUUCUUGUACAAUAGUCACGGAAUUGAAAAGGCUUCGCACAUUCUAAUCGAUCGUUUCCUUCAGUUAUUACACCCAUCAUCUAAUUAAUCUCAUUACGAUUAAUCGUUUCAAAUAAUACUUUAAUCAUUCCUAUAUAUGUAUAUUUAAUUUUCCGUUGCAAAGAUGAAACCAAAAAGAAACAUUAUUUGUUUUCUAAAUGAACAAAAAUAAAAAUUUCAGUAUGAA